CGCAUAUUUCCCAUAAAACUGAAAGUGACAACAAGAGGAGACAACAGGGAAGCGCUGAAGUUUAGUUUCGGAAUAUUUCGCUUCGAACUUCAUCUGAAUUGUAUUUGAUUAAGAGGAGACGCGUCUGGUCGUUUAUUGGAAGUAAACUGACAGUGAAACACUAACGACUUGCAGGGCACUGUGAGCUGAGCACCAGGCCUGCUGCUGGUGGGAGUGAUGGAUAGGUUGACGCUGUCUCACAUAGAUGAGGAGCUGGGGCUCUCUGAGGUGGCAGAACUCUGCUUCUUGUGUCUUGAUGUUGUCAACAGGAAACGCUUAGAGGGGAUCAAAGAUGCCAAAGGGCUGUUCUUGAGACUAGAAGAAAAAGGUCUACUGGAGAACAAUGUCUUCCUUUCCCAGCUGCUAAACACUAUCCGGCGAGCUGAUCUCCUCGGCCUCCUGGAGACGGACAGUAGGCGGACAGAGGAAACGGACGCAAAUCCCAUCCUGUCAGAUUACAGGGUGAUGCUGUACAAAAUAUAUGAAGACUUGACUAAGGAAAAUUUUGGAAAGAUGAAGUUUCUAUUGACAGACAAGCUGUCUAAAAUAAGAAUAGAGACUUGUGAGACCGCGCUGGAUGUGUUUGCUGAAAUGGAAAAGGCUGGUCUACUGUCAAAUACAAAUCUCAAUGAGCUGAAUACAGUGCUGAAGGAGCUGGAUCAACAACUGGCAUUGACUGUACAGCGCUACCAAGACGGGGUAAACCAGCAGCGUCAAACUGGAUCACCCUCUCAUGUCAGCAUGGACGCCCAGAGGGUCAACAACUCCCCUCCGUCGACACAAGCUAUGCUGUCUAUAUCUGAGACUCAGUCCAUCGAUGAAGGGGGGCGUGUUUACUCUGAUGCAGAAGCAAACAGAGAGUCCUCCUAUCAUUGCGAUGAGGGAGACUACUACACUCUGACUCAUAAACCUCGUGGUGUGUGUAUGAUCAUCAACAAUGACGACUUCUCGGGAACAGACCUGAAAAAUCGAGCAGGAACUCAAGUGGAUUCAAAGGCUCUGCAGUCAUUGUUCACCCGUCUUGGCUUUGUGGUGGUGAUACACAACGACUUGACUGCAGAUGCCAUGCGAAGAGAAGUAAAAAAUCUGGGCAAAAGAAAUUUUUUGAAUGAAGAUGCCUUGGUGGUGUGCAUACUUUCCCAUGGAGAAAAGGGACUUGUCUUUGGGACAGACGCGAAAGACGUGUCCCUGCAAGAACUGACACGGCCCUUCAAGAGCGGACAAGCCCCCACCUUGGCAGGGAAGCCCAAACUGUUCUUCAUCCAAGCAUGUCAGGGAAGCGGAUACCAGAGAGGAUCGAUGCCGUGUCCUCCGAGGCCAAGAGAGGAGGAGGGGGACAGACAGAUCCGCCUGGAGGAAGACGCGGGUCGUGUCAUUGGCGAGACGGUGCCUUGGGACGCAGACUUCCUGCUGGGCAUGGCCACCGUGCCAGAGUACAAGUCGUUUCGAAACACUUCCACAGGCUCCAUCUACAUCCAGGAGCUGUGCAGGCAGCUGAAUAAAUCAGCAGAAAGCUCGGCGAACGAUGAUAUCCUCACUGUUCUGACACGUGUGAACAGGGAGGUCAGCAAAGGAGAGUUUCUGACCCACAAACAAAUGCCAGAGCCCAAAUACACCCUCACCAAGAAGCUCGUCCUCAAAUAUGUGUGAGCUUACUGCGAUCAAGUGCAACACAGCAAAUGUGUCAAGCUCCCAGAUUCACAAAGACCCAACUCUGGUUUACUAUGUGUAUGACUGUGGUUGAGUGUGUGUGUUUUUAAUCUCUCUGUAAGAUGCUGAUUGUAAGACAUAAUCUGCAAAGAGUUUCUUUUUGUCACAGUAUACCAGUGUUACAGACCACAGCAAAGCAGUUGCAUUGUCAGUUUAUUACAAACCCUCUCUAGUAGACUAGUGUAUAGUUUUCAACUGAUGUAACACUGAUGUCAAUUGACAAAGCACAUAAUGGUGAUUAAAGCAAUAUUAUUUGAGGAUUGUGUCAUGUAAGAGAAAUUGAAAUAACUUCUCUUAAAAUAUAAAUGAUUUUUGUUCAUAUUGGUAGAUGUUCAUAUAGUCAGAUCUGUUAAGUACUUUUACUUUUAGUUAAAGUUCCACUCCUCUCAAAAAUAUGUUUUUCUUGUUGUUCCUUCAGUUGAAUGUUUGAGCUUUACUGUGCAGAAUGAUGUACAGAUGUGGCCGAAAUUAUUGAUGUAUUGGUACCCUUCCACCUGUUUUUUAAAAAAAACUAAUUUUUCUCUGUAUUAAAUUGAAACUUACAGAAGUA